GUAACAAGUGAUUUUAUUCGUUCUUUUAAAAAAUUGUCACUUGAAUUCUGCUAAAUUCAACAUAUGGGAUAUAUUUCAAUUAGAAUAUUUUACUGUUUUAAAAGCUGGAUAAUGAACAUCCUCAGAUCUUCAAAAGAACUAAUAGAACUGCAGCAAAUCAAGAAGUUAGAUAUGUUCUGACCUCUCUUUCACACCUUAAAGGGUUAACAGGGGUUUAUCUUUUUUUUAUUUCAAACUUUUUUUUAAAGAAAGCCUACACGUACACCCCUGUGUUGCAUAAAUCUUUUAAGGACACAGUUCGACUAACUUCUAAGGUUUACACUGAGUAAUCCUUCAGGUAAAUGCAUGAAUGAGAAUAAAAUUUAUACACGCAAUAAGUAAGCAACAUGAUAUAGACGUCGUUUCUAUUUAGUUUGCACGUUUGUUCCAAUUAAUUUGUUGGAAUGCGUAUUACUGUAUUUGAUUUGAUUUAUUCAAGUUGGCGUAGUGUAGAAACGCCUUCUCUGAACUUCAGCAAGUAGGCUACCACAUCUGGCAAACAUUGCAUCACUGCGAAUGUCCCGGAUUUGGGAGAAGCAGAAGUUUCUCUGGAGCCAGAGACGCAGAAGCUAUAAAUACCUUAACUCGGAGUAAAAUGUCCUGUUUGCAAAAUUUGUGAAGCCACAAGCAAAUUGCGAGUUAUGUAAAUUCGGUUGGAGACAUAAGCAAGUUCACACAGGUGUGAGACGUGAAAGGAUUUCAAGAUGCCAGUGCCUCCACCACCACCUCCACCUGGGCCUCCUCCUCCGCCUACAUUUGCUGUGGCGAACACGGACAAGCCAAACCUCAACAGGUCUGAACAGCAAGGAAGAAAUGCAUUAUUAUCAGACAUAUCAAAAGGCGCAAGACUGAAGAAGGCGGUCACAAAUGACAGGAGUGCCCCAGUGUUUGAGAAGCCCAAAGGUGGCGGAGGCGGAGGCGGAGGAGGAGGAGGAGGAGGAGGAGGGGGGGGAGGGUUUGGUGGAGGAGCUCCUGGAGGGCUUGGUGGGCUCUUCCAGGGUGGGAUGCCCAAGCUCCGAGCCGCCGGGAACAGAGACAGCCCUGACUCUGGGGGUGCCAAACCUCCCCUACUGCCCCCUGGAGGAAGGUCCUCGGGUCCCAAAUCCUUAGCUGGGGGCAUGGCAGCCCCCCCUCGACUUCCUGGAGGGCCCCCAGUCCCACGGGGCGGUGCACCUGACCUGCCCAAGUCCCGCUCGACUCCCCCAAGACCUGAUGUGGGAGGGGGACCACCCCCGGUGCCCAAUACCCCACGUCCUAACCAAGGAGGCUUCCAGAACAAAGCUCCAGGAGGGGGGCGAUCCCUGGGAUCCACCCCGGCCUCCUCGCCCCCCAGCCUCCCAGGACGACCGUCAGGCCCGCCCCCGCCCCCUGGCCCAGCGGGGGGCCCGUUUGGCCGUCAGUCGUCGGUCUCCGGGCCGCCCCCCGUCCCCAGCAGCGGCCGCCCGCCCCUGCCCCCAGCUCCAGGCAGGUCCUUCGAUGAACGCCCCCCUCCGGUGCCCACGGCGAACAGGCCAUCCAUGCCUCGGGACGGGCCCCCCCCACCCCCGUCUCUGAACAGCAAGCCAGCCAUCUCCUCCUCGUCCCGCCCUUCGACCGGCACCGCGCCUCCUCUGCCCCCCGGCAGACCCGGCCCCCCACCCCUGCCCCCCACUCCCGGAGGCGAUGAACACACACCCAGACUGCCCCAGAGGAAUCUGUCCCUCAACUCUCAUGCCCCCGCACCUCCACCGGGGCGGUCUGGCCCCCUGCCGCCCCCUCCCAACGAGAGACCGCCCCCGCCUGGUCGGAACCCACCUGGGCGCUCAGGACCCCUCCCACCCCCUCCACCAGGGGGUAGGUCAGGAGGGAGUGUGAGGUCAUCGCCAGUCCCUCCCCCACCAAAUCGACCGGGAGCAGAGCCGCCCAGAGGCGGAGCCAGACCACCGCCUCCCCCCGACCGCCCUGGUGCAGGAGGUGCCCCGCCUCCACCGCCUCCUCCCAUGGGAAACGGAUUCCAGAACUCUCACCAUAACCCCUCAGAUGAUUGGGAAGGCAGGUUCUCCUUCCAUCCAGUAUCAGACCUGCCCCCACCAGAGCCCUACGUGCCUUUCCAGAAGACCUACCCCAGCAAGAUGGGCAAGAAUGAGAGCAGAGGCUCUGGAAAAAAGGAAAGGGGUGCACCUCCACUGCCCCCCAUCCCCAGGUGAAGGGACACAGUUGACUCACAGGAGCUGCCGUUUUUUGGACCACCAUCCCAAACCUCCCCUCUUGGUUAUCUAUCAGAGAACUGUCUGCUCUUCUCUUUUACCUUUGUUCUUUUAAGGAAAUGUGCAGCAUUUGGUCAUAUAUUGGCCUAGAUAGUAAAAGAUCAUUGAAGUUUACAGCCCACCCUCUUAAAAUGUAAGCUUUGAAGUAACACCCUUCCAAAUAUAUCUGUUUACGUUGAGACCUGAGUGUGGGGCAAUGUGGCGGGGUGUUUAUUCUUUUGUUUCUUCUUUUCAAAUGGGUUAUUUUCUAUAAAUUUGAAUUGAUGCUAAAUUUACUAUUUUCUGUUUCUAUGCAAGAUUAAUCAUAGGGACCUCCAAGGGCAAUAAUAUAUAUGUAUUUUUUUUUUAUUAUUAUUAUUAUUUUUUACAUGUGACAGAUAAUGCAGUCUGUCAUUGCCAAAGCAUAUUCCUGCAGUAGAUGCAUAAGGUCUCCUUUUGGUUUGCCCCACUUCCAUUAUAAUCCCAGACUGUGCCACUAUGUAAGUAUAGCCAGUGAAGUUUAUAAUCCACAAACUUUCUAUGUAUUACCUUUAUUUUUGAUACAGAACACUCUCCCUGGUGGAGAGAGUCCAUGGCAAAAUGGAUUCAAAUUAAGUGUUGUGUAGUUUGUCAACAUGGGACUGUAAGAAAGUCAGUUCAAUAUCGUUUCCAAUAAGGACAAACACAAGUGAUGGACUGCCACACUGGACCAAAGAAAAAAAAAGUCACGGUGUCAUCCAAUUUUUAUUUUUUUUUUGCUUGUUUUUUUUUUGGAAUUCCACAUUACUUGUCUGAAUUAAUUAGACUUUCUUAGUUGUGAGAACAGUAUUACCGUUAGUCUUUGUUACAUAUUUGUGCACAUCGUCUUUUUAUACAUCCUAUUGCAUGAGCUGUUUUCAUAAUAACUGCAGGAACCCCUAUCCCGCACAUUCAUGUGAUCUAGAGAAUGAAUGGUGUGACUAAUAAAUGUUUUCUUCUUUUUUUUUUUUUUGGAUUGGAUUAUGAAAAGGAGAAUGUCUGGUAUGCAUGAUCCGUCAUUGUUGAUUCAAUUUCAUUGAUGGGAGGUGUAUUUUAUGUUUGUAAGUGCUGAGCAGAAAAUAUAUCAGUUCUUGCUUUAUUAUUUAAACAAUUAGAAUUAUUUAUGUGAAGAAUGAUUCGAUUCAGAAGGACUGGGAUGUUGUAAGUCAUAGUGGACCAAAGAAAGAAUCCCUGUCAUUAAACCAAAGAUAAUUUGGAUAAUAUCCCAACAAUUUUGUUUCGUUUUUCAGAAUAUGCUCGGGGGUUCUAUUUGUCAUUCGGCGCAAUAUCUGACGUAGAUGGCAGAGUUGAUUUAUUCUCAACCAACCCCCCAAUCCCCACACACCCCAGUGUGAAUCGUAUGUUCUUCACAUUGCUAUUGAAUGGGGCUUAAUCAUGGUACUUUCACAGAUUAAUGGCCCUUGGUGCGCAGGCAACUCGUUUGCAUCAGAGGUCUUAACUUCUUUUUUAUUUUUAUUACGUCACACUUGUUUCACGAGGACGUGCUCCUUCCAGAUCACAAAUAUUUUCUGUUUCAUUUUAUUUUCCCAGAUUGGGUUUUCCGAAUAAAACCGUCUUUAACCAUU